UCGGUAACCGCGUCACAGUCCCCAAAGAUGGCGGGGCGAAGUCUGGGUCUUACGAGAAGCAGCGUUCCAGGGACUCUGCUCCCGCCACCCGUUCAGCAACCCUCUACACCUGGACCCGACCUCCUCGCCUUGGAGGAAGAAUAUAAGUAAGAAAUUCAGCGGUUGAGCUUUUCCUUCUUUCUUUUAUCUAAAUGAGGCUUUUUUUUUCCUGGAGACUGGCUGGAUCUUCGGGACCACUCACUCUGCAGCAUUCCCUUCUCGUCAUCUGGUUCACCUGCCGUUGAUCCUUUUAUCUCUGAUCUGAGUAGUUCGCCUGCGUAUUAGAAGAUAUUUGAAGUGGGCGAAAAUUUAGCCCAAGCGUCUAAAUGCAGAAUUACAGGCAAAAACAGCUGAUGUGGUUCGACAAGCUAAGGAAAUAAUAAGAGAUCGGCAAGAAGUACGAUCUAGGCCUGUUUCAAAACAAAUGAAAUCAUGUGAUGAUGAAGAUGAUUACAGUUUAAGAGGUCUAUUACCAUCUGAAGGGAUAGUUCAUCUUCAUUCAGAAACUAAGCCAAAGACCAAAAACAUUGAUCCUGUAAACAAGGUUCAAAACAAAUUACACUCUGCAAAUAAAGGAAGGAAAACAAAUUCAAGUGUUAAAUUGAAAUACUCUGAUGUCCAAACUGCCGACGAUGUUGCCAUUCCAGAGGACUUCUCAGACUUUUCCCUUGCAAAAACAAUUAGCAAAAUUGAAGGGCAACUGGAGGAAGAAGGCUUACCUGAAUAUACAGAUGAUAUUUUUUCUGGUGUUAGUAAUGACAUUGGAACAGAAGCACAGAUCAGAUUUCUAAAGGCCAAACUCCGUGUUAUGCAGGAGGAAUUGGAUAAUGUUGUGUGUGAAUGCAAUAAAAAGGAGGAUGAAAUUCAGAAUUUAAUGUCUCAAGUAAAAAAAUUUGAAGAAGAUUUUAUGAGACAGCAGCGAACAAUUAAUAUGCAGCAGUCUCAAGCAGAAAAAUAUAAGACUCUUUUUGAAGAGGCAAACAAAAAGUGUGAUGGAUUACAGCAGCAGUUGUCUUCAGUAGAAAGGGAAUUAGAAAAUAAAAGAAGACUGCAAAAACAGGCUGCAAGUAGUCAAAGUGCCACAGAGGUUCGCUUGAAUAGAGCUCUAGAAGAAGCAGAAAAGUAUAAACUGGAGUUAAGUAAAUUAAGGCAAAAUAACAAGGACAUAGCAAAUGAAGAACACAAAAAAAUUGAAGUGUUAAAAUCAGAAAACAAGAAGCUAGAAAAACAAAAAGGAGAAUUAAUGAUAGGGUUCAAGAAACAGUUAAAAUUAAUUGAUGUUUUAAAAAGGCAAAAGAUGCAUAUUGAAGCUGCCAAGAUGCUGUCUUUCACUGAGGAGGAAUUUAUGAAAGCACUUGAAUGGGGAAAUUCAUAAGUGAUCUACUUCAGUUAGUCUCUAUGACAAUAAGAAAACUAAGGCUCAGAGAAAAAGCCAAAACUAGUACUUACAUGACACCUCGUCAAGUCCUAGCAGUAUUUGACUUUGAUUUUGUGGAUCAAUUUUUAUUUGGAAAAUAGCAACAAUUCUCUUAGGAGUCAGAUUAAAACGUCUACAACUACUUUGAAUAACCUCAACUAUCAGGCAAACCACUGGACAAACAGGAUAUUGUUUGUGCUACUUUCUUUUUCAAAGGAUAGAACUAUAUGUCUUAGCAAAUGAAGUCUCUCCACCUUCUCUUAUCACCUGCCACACCUAAAGGUAUUGCUGUUAACAGCAU